AUGGGAAUCACACACAUCGCGACUACCAAAUCGUUGCGUUUCUCCUCGCUUGCCGCCUGCCUGUUGGCUGUGGGCACUCAGGCAGUUGUCUUGCCAUCUCGGCUCUCCCACGAAAGCAGUCCGGCUGAUCGUAGAGACUCUGCAAGCUCAGUCAUCGAAGCACGUCAAGCGUCCGGCUACUGGUAUGAGGACAUACAGAAGCAAGGCCGAGCUGCCUUCAAUCCUUCUCCCAACGACUACAAAGUCUAUCGCAACGUCAAGGACUAUGGCGCCAGAGGUGACGGUGUCACGGACGAUUCCGCAGCUAUCAACGCUGCCAUCGCAGACGGCAACAGAUGUGGCCCCUAUGUUUGCGAUUCUGCCACAGACUCCCCUGCCAUUGUCUACUUCCCGAGUGGAACUUACUUGAUUAAACAACGGCCCAUCAUCAUGUAUUACCUGACGCAACUCAUCGGAAACCCCAACUCGAGGCCAGUCAUCAAAGCCGAUGCUUCUCUCGACGCUCUUUCGGUAAUCGACUCAAGUCCGUACAGCGACCAGAAUGGAGAGCCAGGUUGGAUCUCUACCAAUACCUUCGCCCGCCAGGUCCGCAACUUUGUGAUUGAUCUGACUGCCAGACCUGUGACCGGCCGCGCUUCAGGCAUUCACUGGCCAGCUUCGCAAGCCACCACACUUCAAAACAUCAAAGUCAUCAUGACCGAGUCGCCAGACUCCAUUCAUGAGGGUAUCUUUGUCGAGAACGGCUCAGGUGGUCACAUGGCCGAUCUCGAAAUUGUGGGUGGACACUAUGGUCUUAACGUUGGCAACCAGCAAUUCACCAUCAAAAACGUCAAAAUCUCCAAUGCCGUAGUUGGCAUCCACCAAAUCUGGAGCUGGGGCUUCCUCUACCAAAACAUCAACAUUGACAACUGCCAAACUGCUUUUUCUAUGGAAUCAAUAAACCCAGAUUCAAACUUCCUCGAUGUGGCCUCUGUGGUUAUCAUCGAUAGCAAAAUCUCGAACAGCCCGACUUUUGUCAACACCAACUGGUCGAGGGACUCUCAGAAGACUGGCGCCAACCAACUCAUUAUCGAAAAUGUUGUGCUGGAGAAUGUCCCUGUCGCGGUUAAAGGUGCGGGCGGUGCCACUGCGCUUGCAGGCGGAUCUUCCACAAUAGCAGCUUGGGGUCAGGGUAUAAGGUACACACCUAACGGCCCGGAGAAGUUCCAAAGCGCGAUUACGCCUGUGAAUCGCCCCGCCGGCCUUCUUGAUGGCAACAAGUACUACUCGAAAACAAAGCCACAGUACGAGUCAUUGGGCGUGGAUGCUUUCAUCAGUGCUCGCUCGGAAGGUGCAACCGGUGACGGAACCACUGAUGACACGACAGCACUCCAGAACGCCAUCAACUUGGCUGCCUCUAGCAAUCGCAUUCUGUUCUUGGAUUGUGGUGUGUACAAAGUAACCAACACAAUCAAUGUACCACCAGGUGCUCGAAUUGCAGGCGAAGCUUACCCUGUCAUCAUGGCCAGCGGUAGUACAUGGUCUAGCAACACCAGACCGGUUGCCGUUCUUGAAGUUGGCAAAGCUGGUGACAGUGGACGUGUCGAGCUCUCGGAUUUCAUCGUUGCUACUUCUGGACCAACACCCGGUGCUGUUUUGAUCGAAUACAACUUGAACAGCGAAAGGGGAUCUGGGCUGUGGGAUGUUCACACGCGCAUUGGAGGAGCCAAGGGUACCGGGCUCCAAGUCGCCCAGUGCCCUCUGGGUUCUCUUAACGAUGCAUGCAUGGCUGCUUACAUGAACGUUCACGUCACCCCGUCUGGUACUGGUGCCUACAUGGAGAACAACUGGUUUUGGACUGCUGAUCACGACCUUGAUGAUUUCAACAGCACCCGUAUCUCUGUAUAUGUUGGUCGCGGGCUCCUCGUGGAAGCCUCCAACGUAUGGUUGUACGCCAACGGUGCUGAGCACCAAGCUCUUUACCAGUACCAAUUCGCAAACGCCAAAGAUGUUUUUGGUGGAUUCCUCCAGUCUGAAACUCCAUACUGGCAGCCGACACCCGACGCAAGGACUCAACCUUACCCGUUGAAUGCGGAUCUGAAUGAUCCUGACUACAAUUCACUCUGCCCUGCUGGUCAGACCUGCGACGCAUUUGGUCUCCGCAUCCUGAACUCUGAGAACAUCCUUCUUUACGGAGCCGGUUUCUACUCUUUCUACAGGAGCGAUGAUGUCAGCUGCAGCAGCCCUACUGCACCCAACGACAAACGUGAUUGUCAGAACCAAAUCGUCAGCAUCGAGGGACCAAACACAAGCGGUGUCACCAUCUAUGCGCUCAACGAAGUCGGAACAAUCAACAUGCUUACGAUCGACAAAGAAGAUAAGGCUCUUUGGUCUGACACCGUGAGCGGAUAUUCCAACACCAUCGGUCUCGUCCAGUACAAGGUAUAGCGACCGAAUACCACCAUCGUGGCCGUUGAAUGACGCCUCACCCGUGCACUUUUGAUCAUUUUCCGUUUUUUAUUUUUCUUUUGUACAUAUUUUGAGUUUCAGCAGCCUUCGAUGGAAGGCUAUGAUACGAUACCCGGUUCUCCGUUGGUUAUGUCACUCAUGCAAUAUUU